AUGGCAGCUACCCCCAGUCAGCUCAACGGCUGGGAAAUCAUUAAGAAGGACAGCCAGGGACGAAUUUUGCCCGAUGACCUAUCACAAAGAAGGGCGCGUAGAAGGGGGCAAAGGCAGGGCGAAAAAGAACAUGUUGUGAUUAGAAGGCUGCAGGAUCUGGUAGAAAUAUCGUGCGGUGACUCCGUGGUGAUGCGCGAAGAAGAAGUCGCCGACUCAUACUCUGUGUACCUGGUGCACGAGAUACGUCUUAACACCAUGAACAAUAUUGUGGAAAUAUGGGCUUUCAAUUACUUACGCUGGUUUGAGUUCGAUCCGAAACAGCACCUCGUCAAAACAUGCCGGGCCAAAGAGAUGGACGCAUCUCGUAUCAGCCAGAUGAGUCCAGAGGAGGCACUAGACCAUUUCAAUAAAGUAACCAAUAAAUCCGAACUGGGUCUAACAGCUGGGCUAUCUGAAAUCUACCUCAAAGACUUCAUUUCUUCGGCCUCAAUCCUUAGCCCUGAUGAAUGGCCCGCAGACGGCGAAAACAUUCCAUUUUCCCCAUACAGGUUUAUGGUUAGAUACGCAUGUGAGCCAGACGGUACUUCAUUUGCUGCACUUGAUAUCCACGGCUUAGAACGAAAAAUGCUAGAUUGGGAGGCCAAGACUUCUUACGCAUACGUGAAAGAAUUGACUGUCACAAAUCAAGAUAAAAUACUAAAGUCCUAUACACCAGCGUUUAAGACUUCAGAUACCAUUGGCGCUCGGCCUCAUCCUCUUGAAGAAAAAACUCCUGAGUUAGCUAACCAGAAGAAGAGCUCGGCUAAAGGCGCGGAAGUCUAUGGCAGUGGCAGUGAGAGCGCAGAAUUUCAGGAUGCUACAGACGAUAUGGACUACGUUGAAUUGCCAACAGAAACCUUUACAUCAAAAGAUCGCAAUAUAAUACCGUCCAAAGAGCUAGCAGUUCGCGAUACGUCAUCAAACAUUGAAGAUUACGAUGAUGGGGAGAACACUGGUAACAAGCGCGAUUCCAAAAAGCCUGACGCAACUUUUACGCCUGAUCAAAAAGUUACUGUUGAAGAAGACACUGAGGAGGACAGACCUCUAACACAGGUCAAAAGAGUCGCGAGGAGUAAAUCGCGUAGCCCCAAGAGGCGAACAGAAGUCGAAGAAACUCCAUUACCCUCGACACCGAGAAAGAGACCUAACAAGGCGGUCGGUACUGCAACUGGAGGCGGAAUAAAAAAAUACACCAAGAAAAACGUUUCGCGUGCAAAGAAAGCUUACACUCCAUUUUCCAAGAGAUUUAGUAGGCCAGAAGAUAUUCCCGACUUGACUCAACUCGCAGAGUUCAACCAAGAUCAAAUUGAUGUGGACGCUGCGGCGAUCGAGAGCAAACUUAGAAGCCCAAAGAAACAACAUACAGUUGAAACUAUUUUUUCUAAGGUCAAAAAACAGCUUUACACUUCUCAAGGGAAGGAUGAGAUUGUCAAAGCUACAAACUUCGAAGAGUAUUUACCGGCCCGUGAAAACGAAUUUGCAUCAAUUUAUUUGAGCCUUUAUAGCGCCAUUGAAGCUGGAACUGGCACCACUGUGUACGUUGCUGGAACACCAGGAGUGGGCAAGACUCUGACGGUGAGGGAAGUAGUCAAGGAAUUGCUGCAAUCAGUUGACCAGGAUGAACUUCCUAGAUUCCAGUACGUUGAAAUAAACGGUUUGAAGAUGAUAAAACCUACCGAUAGUUAUGAGGUUUUGUGGCAUAAGAUAUCUGGUGAGAGGCUAACCUCUGGAGCAGCGAUGGAGUCGCUUGAGUUCUAUUUUAAUAAGGUGCCAAGAAACAAAAAAAGGCCUAUACUCGUUCUACUGGACGAACUUGAUGCGUUAGUGACAAAAAGCCAAGACGUAAUGUACAAUUUUUUCAAUUGGACAACAUACGGGAAUGCCAAACUGAUUGUUGUUGCCGUUGCUAACACCAUGGACUUGCCCGAACGGCAAUUAGGAAACAAGGUGUCCUCUAGGAUUGGGUUCACUAGAAUCAUGUUCACUGGCUACAACUACGAAGAGCUUAAAACAAUCAUUAACUUACGCCUGAAAGGCCUAAAUGACAGCUACUUUUAUGUUGAUACAAAAAGCGGUAGUGCACACAUAGCUUUUGAAGAUGGAGAGCAGCCUGACAUUGAUACUACGGGGAUGCAAAAAGUCAGACUCAAGAUAUCGCCUGAUGCGGUGGAGAUUGCAUCCAGGAAAAUCGCUAGUGUAAGCGGUGACGCGAGAAGAGCUUUGAAGGCCUGCAAACGAGCAGUCGAGAUUGCUGAACAGGAUUAUAUGGAAAAGCAUGGAUUUGCUUAUGACGGCAAACAAAACGGUACUAAAAUUGCUACGCAAAACGGCGGUGAUGAAGAACUUCAAAAAGUUGAAAUUGCACAUAUCAUGAAGGCGUUGAAUGAAACUGUGAACUCGCCGGUAGUUUCAUUUAUUGUUGGGUUGUCGUUCACAAGCAAGCUUUUUCUGUAUGCAAUGCUCAACUUGAUGAGGAAAACCGGAAACCACGAGCAACCGCUAGGCGACAUAGUUGACGAGAUUCGGUCUUCUAUCGAGGCCAAUGGCAAAAACAAAUAUAUCGUGGAGAUGCAACGAGUUCUGUUUAAUCAGGACUCCGAACUCGACAUGGAGCAGCUGAGGAUCAUUUCCUGGGAGUUCCUGGUGAACCAGCUCAUAGAUGCAGGAAUUAUCAUCAAACAAAACCUUAAGAACGAACGGCUCAGCGCCGUGAAAUUCAACGUGUCGACAGAAGACGUGAAGAUCGCUUUGGACCAAGACAAAAUCAUGAAAACGCUAUGA